AUGUCUUCUUUGAAGGGUGCACCAAGUCUGAAUCCUCCCCCGAAAAAGGGAUUCUCUUACAAUGUCUUCGACGAAGAAUUUGACGAUUAUGUCUCCCCUGUAGGUAGUGAAGACGAAAACCAGAAGAAGAAGAAGGAAACUGUGAAAAAGAAGGAGAAAGAACGAAAGAAAGCGAAAAGCAAAAGGGCCGAGCGCCGGGCUUUAGAAAGUGGUGGAGGUGGGGAGAAGGGAACAAGCGUGCGUCGUGGAGAGGGCGACCCGCAAAGCGUAACGAACUCCGCCGUUGACUACGAUGUUGCGGAUUAUGACGCGGGAGCACAGUACUCGGAUGACUUUGAUGACGACGACAUUGUUCCUGCACCCGCACCCCCGUCGUUUGAUAACACGAGGGAGUUGCAGCGCACCAUUAAGGAGGAGGAGGCACGGUUAGAGCGCAUUGCGGAGGAAAAGAUGCGAGAGAUGCACGAGGAACAAGUGCGGCGGUGGCAGCAGGAACAGGAGUUGACAGCGAAGACGAUUCAGAAUCAGCAAGAAGAACUGCGUGCGCAGAUAGAAGAGUUGAAGCGGUUGCAGGAGCAGAAAACAAAAGAAGCGGAACAGGAGUCAAAGUCUGUGGGAGCGCCAAGGGAUCCCAACGAUGACAGGGACGAUGGUGCUAAUGCUGUCAUGGUGGAACGAAGACAGUUGACGGAAAAUCAGCGCCGCCGAAUUCGGGAAAGGGAGCGUGCGGUGCAGCUGCGGCGGUUGGAACAAGAGGAAGCUGCGAAAAGUUUGUUUCAACGUCUUGCGCAGGACGUUCGCGAAGUGUUUCAUGAGUUAAACCUCUCUGUUGUGGCGUCAGAGAAGGAGCGGCUUAUUAAAGACGAGCGGUACCGCAAGGAGCGCGAGGCCAAAGACCGCCGCGAGGAGUUGGAGCGGCAGGAACGCAUGCAGAAGGAGGCCAAAGAACGUGAGGAGCGUGAGGCGAAAUUUUGGAGCGCAAUGGAGGACCGGGACGCCCGAUUUCGCGAAUUUGUGGAAAAGAAAUCCCUGAAAGACGAGGAGGAGCGUGAGGCGCGGUGGAAGCGGGACCUCGAGGACCGCGAGGCGCGUCUAAAAGGCGACAAGGAGUUGCGCAGCGAGCUGGAAAGUAUUGAAAGGGAGCGCCGUGACCGCGAGGACAAAAACGUGCGUGAGCGGGAUCGCACGCUUAUUCAGACUCUUUUGGAUGAUUUGAAGCGGCAAUACGAAACACAGUUGGAGGAAACACGCCGUCAGUUUGAACUUGACCGCGCACAUGCGGAGGAGAUGCACCGCAUGGAACUUGCAGCCAUAGAGAAACGCCACGCGGAAUCCGCAGGGCAGAGUGACAGAAUUCACAUGCGGCAAA